AUUAUUUACUUGAGGUGUGUAAGCAAGAGAGAUUGCUACUUCACAAAGAGGAACAGAAGGAUAAGCAAGAAAAGAAAGGGUGCUACAAUGGUGAUGAUGAUCAAUACUAUUUAGGUGGGAUUGAUCUCAAUGAGAGUUUGAUCACUCCUUCAAACCAUACAGUGCCUAAUAAGGAGGAAUGGAGGAAAAAAUUGAUGGGAUCAUUUUAUGGCUUAUCUUGGCAGAAUGCUUUGAAGUCUGUGGUGCAAAGUGCAGCACGAAGCAACACACCAGAAUCUGUUAUUUCACAUUCCAGUGGCACUGAUGGCAGCAGAGCUUCUUUAAAGAGGAGAUUAUUACUUGAGGUGUGUAAGCAAGAGAGAUUGCUACUUCACAAAGAGGAACAGAAGGAUAAGCAAGAAAAGAAAGGGUGCUACAAUGGUGAUGAUGAUCAAUACUAUUUAGGUGGGGUUGAUCUCAAUGAGAGUUUGAUCAUUCCUUCAAACCAUACAGUGCCUGAUAAGGAGGAAUGGAGGAAAAAAUUGAUGGGAUCAUUUUAUGGCUUAUCUUGGCAGAAUGUUUUGAAUUCUGUGGUGCAAAGUGCAGCACGAAGAAAGACACUAGAAUCUGAUAUUUCACAUUCCAGUGGCAGUGAUGACAGCAAAGCUUCUUUAAAGAGGAGGUUAAAGUCUGAUGAGGUUGCGGGAAAUGCUGUGGCAGAGAGGAUCAAUUCCAAGAAGCGAAAGAGGGGAAGUGGGGUGCCCAACAACGGUCCAGAACCACCACCAGGACUACCGGUUGAAUUUAGAAAUUUUAUUCUCCAAAGGGCUGGUAACCGGGCAGUAUGUGUCGAGAAAUUGGUGAUUCAAAAGGAGCUUACAAAAACGGAUGUAAACAGCACCCAGAAUAGGCUGUCAAUCCCAGCGAGGCUUGUGAGGGAGGAGUUCCUUACGGAAGAAGAGCAUCUUCUACUUUGUCAGCGCAAUGGGAAGAAUGUAUGUUCUAUAGAUGAAGUUCCGUUGAUCACACCAAUGAUGGAAGUAGCAAAGGUGAGCUUGAGGAGGUGGGAGAUGAAGAAGGAAAGGGGAGUUCCCAGUGUAUCUUACGUCAUAGCUAAUACUUGGAAUGAAAUAAGAAGACGGAAUAAAUUUGAAAGCAAGAUGAUAGUUCAAUUGUGGGCUAUUCGGGUUGGCGUAGACUUGUGGAUGGCUCUAGUUAGGCUUUCUUGAUCUUUUAAUCAACUUACCACUUCAAUUUAGGAGAUACAAAUAUGCUCUUUGUAUAUGCUUUUUUGUGUUUUUUGAAACUAAUUCAAAGAGUUUUGAAUUUUGUUAUGAAUGUCUAUCAAAUACUGUUCAGUUCAUUUUGAAUGA